GUUGCCAUUAUUUUUACCAGCCAGCUCAGAUCAGCGACUCAUCACUCCCUGGAAAAAAAUGAGUUGGUCCUCAGCAUCAUAAACACACGAAACUGAAAAUAGAUUUAAAAAAGUUAAAUCAAUGGUACAGAAAAGUAGUAUGUCCAGGACGCCUUCGACCUCAACCCAGGAGAUCCAAAUGGACAUGUUCGACCAUCAUCCACACACACAGGGAAAGUAUGGCAAGAGGAAGAGCCGAUUUAAGCGCUCUGAUGGAAGCACCUCAUCUGACACCACCUCAAACAGCUUUGUCCGACAGGGCUCGGCAGACUCCUACACGAGCCGGCCUUCGGACUCAGACGUGUCCCUGGAGGAGGACCCAGAGGCUCUGAGGAAGGAGGCUGACAGACAGGCCCUCGCCACGCUCGAGAAAGCAAAGACCAAACCGGUGGCGUUUGCUGUGCGGACAAAUGUCGGUUACAACCCCGGCCCCAGUGAUGACGUUCCUGUGCAGGGCAUGGCCAUAUCCUUCGAGGCCAAAGACUUCUUGCACAUUAAAGAGAAAUACAACAAUGACUGGUGGAUCGGACGUCUGGUGAAGGAGGGCUGUGAGGUGGGCUUCAUCCCCAGCCCGGUCAAACUGGAAAACACCCGCAUGCUGCAAGAGCAGAGGAUGAGACAGAACCGACUCAGCUCCAGUAAAUCUGGAGGAAGCUCCAGUCUGGACGUUGCCACGGGAACCCGCAGGCCCACCCCACCUGGCACAGCUCACAUGGAUAUGUCCAAUAUGGCCUUUGACGUUGACCCCCUGGACCUGGAUGCUGAGGAGCCCCCUGAGUCCCAGGGUGACCCUCGCUCCUCCAAGGGCAUGUCAGGCAGCGUAACGUCCCCUCAGGCCAACGCCCACCGACUGCCCUUCUUUAAGAAGAUGGAGCAUGUUCCCCCCUACGAUGUGGUUCCCUCCAUGAGACCCAUCAUCCUAGUCGGACCAUCACUCAAAGGAUAUGAGGUGACAGACAUGAUGCAGAAAGCUCUCUUUGACUUCCUGAAACACAAGUUUGAGGGCAGGAUAUCCAUCACCCGGGUGACAGCGGACAUAUCUCUGGCCAAACGCUCAGUCCUCAACAACCCCAGCAAACACACCAUCAUUGAACGCUCCAGUACCCGAUCCAGCCUGGACGUACUGGCGGAGGUGCAGAGUGAGAUCGAGCGUAUCUUUGAGCUGGCCCGCACUCUCCAGCUGGUCGCCCUGGAUGCAGACACGAUCAACCACCCCUCUCAGCUGGCCAAGACCUCCCUGGCUCCCAUCAUUGUCUAUAUCAAAAUAGCCUCACCUAAGGUCCUCCAGAGGCUCAUCAAAUCUAGGGGGAAAUCCCAGGCCAAACACCUAAAUGUGCAGAUGGUGGCAGCAGACAAGUUGGCCCAGUGCCCACCUGAAUUGUUUGACAUCAUCCUGGACGAGAACCAGCUAGAGGACGCCUGCGAACAUCUGGCUGACUACCUGGAGGCGUACUGGAAGGCGACACACCCCCCGAGCAGCAACCCCCCCAACCCUCUGCUGAACCGCACCAUGGCCACAGCAGCUCUGGCCUCCUCCCCCGAGCCCGUCUCCAACCUGCAGGGGCCGUACCUGGUGCAUGGGGAGCAGAAGCGAGACGGGCCCCUGACAGAGUGUGGCGGGAGCGGCACCCUGCAAGACUAUCAGACAGACCUGGGAGGAAAGCCUCAGCAGCAGCAGCAGCAGCAGCAGGCGUACCUGCGCUCUUCUCGGGGCCAGCUGCGGGGGGGCAGCGGCCGGGGGCUUUCCCGGCAGGACACCUUCGACUCUGAGACCCAGGGCAGCCGGGACUCCGCCUACACCGAGGCCGGCGACUCCUGCAUGGACAUUGAGACUGACCCCUAUGAAGAGCCCGAGCCCUACCGAGGGGGAGGGGGCAGCCGCCUCCACCUGGCGCAGCAUCACGGCAGGCAGGCAUCCUGGGAAGACGAAGGUGCCGAACCGGACCAGGAGAACCUGAACCACCCUCCGAUGCCGAGCCAGACGCAGCCACACGGACGCGCCAAGCUGAGGGAGCGCUACUGCCAGGAGCCUGUGGACACCGGGGCCAACAUGAGCCGCAACAAGAACCAGGACGACUGGGGGAGGGACGUCUACAUCCGCUGAGCAUCACCACGCAGAGGGAAGGAAGCUACUGGACAGACUGAGAGAUGGGGGAAGGGUGGGGAGGGUUUCAGGUAUUGUGUGGGUUGGGGGCCAUGCCAGUCAGGCUGACAAAUAAAUCUGUUUACAUCCCAGUGCAAUGUAAAGAGAAACAGAUGCCAUUCAUCAACUUCUUGCAAUUCAAUUUAUUUAUGUUUAGAAAAAAUUAUAUUGUUCUGUUUUUUGUUUCCUUACUGCAUGAAUAUCAUGUAUUUCUAUACUGACAGCACGAGGACAGUAAUUGUGAAUCUCUGAUUGUGAUCGAUCUCUCCUUCAGUUGUAGUGUGUGACGGCCGGUAGAGCUGUAGUCUGUCCUGUCUGUCCUCUGCAGUCUUAAACAGGGUCUAAUGUCACUGUCCCCACGUACAGCACAGUGUCAGGGUUUCUCUUUACCUUAAUCUCACUCAGUGAUUUUGGAUUUCAGAAGUUACAAGUCCCUCAGCUCCACGUUCUUAUCACCCAGACCUUAAAAAAGAAAGUUGGUGGAGAAGUUGCCAUAUUUUAACACAACAAUUUAUCGAUGUUGCUAUGUUCAUGCUUGAUAACAACAAAGAGUACACUCCAAAGAUGUUUACUUCUUCUUCCCUGACCUGGUUCAGCCACUGCACCCGUCUGUCUGACCUAGUCCUCCCGUUUCUGUUUUCCUCUUCCCUGUGGGUCCCGAGAGCGCCUGCAGGAUUCAUUUUCUAACGUGGUGCAAAUUCAAAGCAGCACUGCUAUUGUAGUUGUGUGAAUGAAGUGUCCUGCCUUAGUCACUCGCACCCUAAAACAUCCUUAUUUCAAGAAAUCUCCAAUCACAAGUGCCGGAAUGUCUUGCCAAGCCAUGUCCACCCCUGCCACGGUGGGAUGUCUUAACUCUUGUUACUCUCAUCCCAUGUUUGUGUCUCUUCGUGUCUUGUGGCUUCUCUGCACCGUAGCUCAUGCUGUGGCUCCAGCACGUUGCUCAUGUCGUUACUUUUCCUUUGCACCAGCUUUGUCGUCUGUUUUUCAGGGCUAAUGGUUAUAUAUAAAAAAAGUGCUUGUGUGUGUGGUAAAUCACUCCUGACUUCCACCCAAACAGCUAGCUUUUCUGAUAUUAAAUACCACUUUCUUCUUACUCUUGAUUUCUGACUGAAAUAGUGUUGUUUUUUCCUGUGAACAUUUGCUUUAUUUUUAUUUUAAAUCUUCAGUUCUUGUGAGGUAUUGAGAUGAGUAUCAAGUGGGGUGGGGGGGUAGGACCAGCUUUGGUCUUCACUCAGUUAUCUAUAAUGGAGAGUCCAUGAAUGUCUUUGGUGGGCCGCUUGGGCCCGCCCGUCUUCAGUUGAAUAAAUAAAUAUUAAAUAAUGAUCAGUAAAUAAUGUUAUUGUUGCGUUAUCGCAAUUGUUAAAAAUAUGAACUAACAUGUAUCAUUGGUGCCUGAUUGUAGCUACAUUUUGCUUUUUCUGCCUUUCAUUUUUAAUCUGUGGAUAAAUUCGUAUUUUAAUUAAAAAUGUAAUCAGAAAAUGCAAUUGUGUCACUUAAUUGAUACGGUGAGAUGUGAAGACACACUUCACAGACGCACAACCUGCAUGUGUAUGUCAACAUGUGUGUUUGAGUGAUGUAUUUUAUGUCUUAGAGCUUAUAGUUAGGGGAAGUCCAUUCGAUACAAUUGAUUAAUAUUUGUUUCUCUUCCUCGUAAACUGAAACUACAUCUUCCUUAUUUCAUUCACAUCAUUAUUAA